AUGUGGUCCGCCGGCAGCUGCAAACUCCUUCACCCUGACGGGCGGAAGUUGAAGCUUCGUGUCCGCAAUGGUUGCCCGGAACUUGUGCAGUCCAAGGCGUUGGAGUUGAUUUCGCGCUUAGAGGAGAGAAAGCUGGCGGAAAUUGAGCAGCUCAAGCGCCACACCGAGGAAGGCAGGGACAGGAUUCGUCAGGCCAGGAUUGCACUUGAGAAGAGCUGGUGGGAGCACUUGAUGGACUACGCCCGUGAUGGCGUUUCCUGCUCAGGUGACGCCGCUGUUGCAAAUGCACCGUUCUUCACUGAUGUUCCCCGUGGUGCGUUGCGAGGUUUGGUCCCUUCAGGUGAUGCGGGCGACGAGUCAUUGUGGGACAUGUUGCGCAGUGCUUUGCCCAACCUCAACAGGAGGAGGAGGAAGGCGCUACAGCAGUCAAGGCAUUGGAUUGUCCACUUGUUUGCAGGCCCGCGCCCUCAUAAGACCUUUGCACGGCUUGAGCGUGAUGGCACGGUUGUGUUGGAGCUUGAUGUGACUCAGUGCGCAGCGCGUGAUUUGAACCGUCUUUCACUUUGGGCACUCCUGUUUAAAGCGGCGAAGGAUGGGCGCAUUGCAGCAGUGAUUGGUGGCCCUCCUUGUCGCACUAUGUCUGUUCUCCGGUGGAGGCCCAAGGCCAGUGAGCGACGGCCGGAAGGCGUGUCCAUCAUCAGUCCGUGCACCAUUCGUCGCAGGUGGCAUUCUUACUUGAGCAACCUCAGCCUGUAUCUUCCUGUUGGCCAUUCGUUGGUUGGUGAGGUUCCCUCGUUUUGGCACACAAGCUUGUGGCGUGCCUUUGCAUUAGAGGCAGGUCUUUUCGAAGUCGAUUUUGACCAAGGUGCCCUCGGACACGCAACCACAAAGUCAACCACCAUAGGCACUAACCUUCCUGACCUGAGGGGCUUGCACGGCCUCCAGAAGGAGUGUCCUACACUGGCAUGGAAAGGCGACUCAAAGGACUUAGCCGCGUGGGCGCCGCAGUUUGUGCAAGCUGUUGUUCAUGCGUUGCAAUGUUGGCCCCGCUACCAGCUAUGCCGCAUGACGCCCGAGGACUGGCAACGACAUGUAGAAAAUAACCACGUUCCAUACCGUAGGGAUUGUGGAGUUUGCGUACGUGGCGCCGGCACCGGCCGUAGGCAUCAAGGAGUCACACAUCCAGAUGUGUAUUGCCUGGCUGCCGACGUGGCUGGUCCCAUCAGAGUCCCUGCAAAAGACCCCGAGGGUAGGAGCAAACACCCGCCCGUGUUCCGGUACUUCUUAGCAGCGUCCUAUCGCUUUCCUAAACUCCAAGGGACAAAGGACGAACCCAACCCAACGCAGGUUGAUGGGUUCGAUGAUCCUUCACUCCACCCUGGCGGGGAGGACGAGUUAGUCGACGUUAUUGUGGAAGGCCCGCCGGAGCCAGAGCACCGCCCUGACGGGAAGGAUGUGCUGCCCGAGUCUGAAAAUGACGCGUGUAAAGAAGCAGGCACGUUACGCUGUGAGUUUGAAGCUCCGCCAGGCCUAGCCAGGUUGGUGUUUGUUGUUCCGCUGCACACAAACAAGAGUGAGGCAGUGCUAGAGGCGCUACAACAACACGGGGUGCGUACCACAGCUGAAGGAGAUACGCCGCAGCAAAACGGAGCAGCUGAGAACACCAUCCGCUGGUUAAAGGCUAGGGCGCGCACGCUCCUCGCCCAGGCCGAAGUUGGAACAGAGCUGUGGGCAUGUGCAAUGGCCACUGCGGCAUCGCAGCAACGUGCGCAACAGCUUGGCCUCAAGUCCAAGCUUGCAGCUCCGUUUGGGGCACCGUGCUCUGUGAAACUCAAGUUUUACGGACCUUCUAGGGGUGACUUAGGGGAUAGGUGGGUAGAUGGUAAGUACAUGGGGUUGUCGCCUUCUGUGAAUGAUGGCCACAUCGUCCUACGCAACGACAGAGUGGGCAACGGCUUCCUCCAAACACUCCAUGUGCGCUCACGCCUCCAUUCGCCAGAGAUGCCAGACCGCGUGUUUGAGGGCGAUGUGAGGGAGCCUGCGCCGCUCGAGCCGGCAAGGCGUGUGCGUGGGAAGUCCGAGCCAGCGCUUGGCGAGCCACCUCUGCCGCCGCCUCCUCUUCCACCACCGCCGGAAGGUGAGUGCGUGCCCGCACCUGCAUGUCGCACUCGACUCCGUGGGAAGUCAAGCCCUGCAGUUAGCAAGUCUUUGCUGUUCCCACUGCCUGACGGUCAGUGUCCGCCUGAGCAAUGUGAAGCCGUUGAGGAGGAGUUUAGGGCUAGUCGGUUUAGUGUUGUGGACCUUGAGGGUUUCGCAAAGGAGUUACUGCUUGAAGACUGGGACCUUGAAGAGGCCAUGUGGGUCUUGGUCCAGUUCAGCCGUCUGCAGUCUCUUAAGGCCGGCCUUUACCGACACGGUGGUGUAGUAGGCACCACGAGUGCAACAAACUCUUACCCCUGGCUCACAGAGCUGAUGGCCGCGACGCUCCUGUCCGCAAGUCCAGAGGCCGAGUUCACGAGUCUUUGGCUUUCCAAUACGAACCCCAUGUCCCUGCAUGCAGACCACAACAAUGUAGAAGGGUCUGUCAACGUAGUCUUUCCACUCAAGCUCCCUCCUGAAGGCGGAGACUUGUGGGUAGAACUGCGAGCAGGAGAUGUUAUCUACGGCUCUGUCGAGCAACGAGUUGAUGGUGCAGGAAAGAAGUGGUUGGGCACAACGCACAGCCUGCAAAGAGGUAAGCCCUUCUACUUGGACCCCAAACGCCGUCAUGCUACUACCCCUUUUGAAGGUGAAAGGGUUGUGCUCGUAGCCUACACCGUUAACACCUUAGGGAAGGUGCCAGAGUCUGAGCUCCAGGCCCUCGAGUCCUUAGGCUUUCCGCUCCCUGCUUCAGCACGCUUGCCACUCACAACGCAGCAAGAUGUCAGGCGCUUGGACGUCGAGGAGAAGUCCUGGCCAGAACAGCCUGUGCAGUGGGAGCUGUGGCUUCCAGACCCCCAAAGUGGCCAGCAACUGCGCGCACGCCGGUCUGACGACCUGGACCUGCGUCUUUGCAAGUCCGAGCCAGUGUACACUCCAGACAUUGAACAGCUGCUCAGUGGUUUAACUGAGCCACUGCAGAUAGUUCAUACUGUCGACCCGCGAGAGGCGGAAAAGCACAGUGAAGUGUGGAUCCCGUCAAUCCUGAAAGAGAUCGGGGUCAUAGAAAAAGCUGUGCACCGUUUGCAGCCUAGCGAGGCGAGGCUUGUUGCGUGUGGAAACCAUGCCCCUUCCACUGGCACCGAAAUAUACGCGUCAGGUGCUGCAGCAGAGUCACUUCGUUGUUUAGUGGUCAUUAGCUCUAAGAGGGGUUGGAUGCUAGGCAUCUUAGAUGUAACCUCAGCGUUCCUCCUCACGCCCAUUCCCCAGGGUGACGGGUUUCCUGUGUUUGCCCUAACGCCGCCGCGCUACCUUGUGCGGCAAGGUCUUGCGCAGGAGGGAGAGCUUUGGAUCCUCACACACGCCGUCUAUGGACUCAGGGAGUCACCAAAGCUGUGGUCAGACUUUAGGGACUCUCAGCUUCUUAACCUUAGAUGCGUCGUCAACGGGGUUGAGCUGCAGCUACUCAAGGGCAAGUUAGACACGAACUGGUGGCGCGUCGUGCAAACCAGCGAUGGUCAAGUCGUGGGAGGUUUAAUCACCUACGUUGAUGACUUCCUACUUGCUGGAUGUGUUGAAGUCAUUGAGGCUCUCGCCAAGGCCAUCCAGUCGAUCUGGAAAACGACGCCCCUCACACUUGCCUACGCAGAGGAGCUGCUACGCCUCAACAACGUCAAGCCCACUGCACUGGGUAAGAUCCCUUGCCCAAGGGACUUGGUGUCCUUUGACACUCUCCUGACGGAUGAGGCGCCCACCGAGGAGUCAGUUCGUACAGCCCAGAGGCUGACCGGAGAAAUCUUGUGGCUGAGCCAGCGAACGAGGCCGGAUCUCGCGUUCACCCCUUGUGUCCUUGCUACGUUGAGCACAAAGGCGCCCGAAAGGGCUGCACGCAUCGCUGAAAGGGCACUUGCAUACGUGCAGCAAACCAAAGCCUUUGCUCUCACUGCUGACGCAGAUGACACGGGCUUAGUUGCAUACAGCGAUGCCUCUUUUGCGCCAGAUGGCAAUCGCUCGCACACUGGUUGGGUUGUCUUCCUUUACGGCUCUCCUGUCUGUUGGCGUUCCGCUAGGCAGUCGUUUGUCACACUCAGCACUGCAGAGCCCGAGCUCGUCGCAGGACUUGAUGCCGUCGUUGCACUGCAGUCAGCAGAGGCCAUGCUGGGUGAGUUUGGGGUCUUUAACUUGGGUAAGACCUUGAAGGUUGACUCUCAGUCUGCGCUUGCUAUCGCCAUUGGCCAAGGGUCUUGGCGAACCCGCCACCUGAAGGUGCGCGCCAACUAUUUGCGAGAGCAGUAUGAGGCAGGAGAGAUAAUCCCCGUUUACUGUCCAGGUGUGGAGCAGGCUGCAGACCUCCUCACGAAAGCGCUUCCUGCAGCGAGGAUCCUCGAGCUCGCAGCCAUUUGGGGUUUGUUCGAGCACUGUCCAGAGGACCCCCGCCAAGCGGAAGCUGUGGCUGCCGACCUGCCUACCCACCCUCAGUAUCCGCAGCUCAAGUUGCUUUUCCUAUUGCUUGCAAUGGCGCAGAUCCAAAGUGCCAAGUGUCAGCCUGAGCUCUUUGAUGAAGAGGAGGAGAUGUACAUCAGGUUGAAUUAA